UUUAGGGGCUCCACACGACUCCAAACAGGGCAGAGCAGGAUGGAACACAGGUGCCCAUGGGGGUCAUCAGGCUGGGGACUGCUGGAAUCUCCAGGUGAGGGGUGAUGGUGGGAGGAAGUGGGGGCCCAGAAGAUGCCUGCCUUCCCUCCUGCUAGUUCUGGCUCCUUGGAUGGGGAUGGUAUCCUUCUAGAAGUCUGGACAGAGCCCGCUUGCCCUACCAGGUGGGAUCUAGGAGGAUCACAAUACAAUCAGAGGAGCUAACGCUGAAUGUGUGAAGGGCUCUGCGUGCCUCACAGCAGGCCUGUGAAAGCAUCAUAGUACCUGCCAUUUUUUAGGAAACCAAGGCUCAGAGAGGGGAAGUCACUUGCCCAAGGUCACCCAGCUUGGGGGGUGGUGGAGCCAGCAUUUGUUACCAGGGGAGUUUCCAGGAAUGGAGAGGUGGGUGUAUGUAUCUCUGGCAUUGUGCAUUGCAAGUGUCAAUACCUUUUCACAAACCUUUAUCUUGUUACAUAGUUUUAGGCAAAUAAGCGCAUAAGAAUCCUUAAAAAAUAUUUCAGGCAUGUUGUAAGGUACAGAGACUGAUAUUAUCAACUCCUACAUACUCAGCUCUGGGGUUCUCAGCAUUUUUGGAGCUAAUGACAAAGUGACUGACUUCUUGGUGUAGCUGUGACUUGCAAUGCCACAGUUAGCGCUUCUCUAAGGCUACUCAAAUCCCCCCCUCAGGAAGCGGGGUGAUUUACCCAAACAAGGCAGUGUAGCAGGAAGAGCUGUGGCCUUGCUCCUCAUUUUGGCUUUGCCGCGUAGGCAAAAAAACUGAGCCUCAGUUUCCCCACACAUCACAUGGGGCUAGCAGAGGAGACUGGGAGUGUCUGUCAAGGUCACAGGCAUGGAUGCCCUUUGUUUUUGUUUUUGAGACGGAGUCUUGCUCUGUCACCCAGGCUGGAGUGCAGUGGUGCAAUCUCGGCUCACUGCAAGCUCUGCCUCCCAGGUUCACACCAUUCUCCUGCCUCAGCCUCCCGAGUAGCUGGGACUAUAGGCGCCCACCACCAAGCCUGGCUAAUUUUUUUAUAGUUUUAGUAGAGACGGGAUUUCACUGUGUUAGCCAGGAUGGUCUCAAUCUCCUGACCUCGUGAUCUGCCCGCCUCGGCCUCCCAAAGUGCUGGGAUUACAGGCGUGAGCCACUGCGCCCGGCCGUGGAUGCCCUUUGAAACAGCAGAGAGAGAUGACCCCGAAAGUUCAAAAAGUGCUUUCUGAAUCAUCAAAGAACAUUACCCUCUCUCAACUGCUGGGCCAGCUACCACCUGCAUCCACCCCUGCAGGCUAGGGCGCAGCAGGGGCCAGAUGUCUGGGCUGACAUUUUGGAAGUGGUCCUCUGAGCCAGCGAGUUGGGAUCCAGCUGAAAUGCUCCAAUGGGUGGUCUUCCCCCUCUCUGCUCCAGCACCCCAUUCUAGAGGGGCUCAGAUUGAGGAAGCUUCUGGGUGCUUGCAAGUCACUUCCCCAGUACCCCUGGAUGGAGGGUUAACCUAUCCCAUCCGCCCCUUCUGCUGUGCCACCCACACUUCCCAGCUCCUUCUCAGUCCCAGGCCCCUGUUGCCCCUUCCUCACUUGGUGCACUGAGGUUCAGAGAGGGCAGAGUGUCUUGCCUCGGCCACACAGUGAGGAGAGGUGGGGCUCAUCUUCCUCCAGCCAGGCUGCAGAUUUUCAAAGUGGAAAUAUCUUUAUUUAUCUUUCCAAAGUAAUAUAAGCUGUUUUGUAAAGAGUGUGUGUGUGUGUGUGUGUGUGUGUGUGUGUGUGUGUGUGUAUCAUCACAGAAUCAAAAUAUGUUCCAGAAAGUGAAUGGGCUUACUCCCCAGGGAGCUACAAUUUCUAACUGGGUGUCUUUCCAGACCCUUAUACACAUGUACGAAUGUACAACUUUUCUCUACAUGAAUAAGUUUAUUCCAUAAACAGUGCAUUCCAGGCUUAAUAUUAGGCAACUCUUUUUUUUUUUUUUUUUUUUUUUUUUGAGACGGAGUUUCGUUCUUUUUGCCUAGGCUGGAGUGCAAUGGCACGAUAUUGGCUCAUUGCAACCUCCGCCUCCGAGGUUCAAGUGAUUCUCCUGCCUCAGCCUAGGAUUAAAGGCAUGCGCCACCAUGCCCAGCUAAUUUUUGUAUUUUUAGUAGAGAUGGGGUUUCUCCAUGUCGUCAGGCUGGUCUCAAACUCCCGACCUCAGGUGAUCCACCCGCCUUGGCCUCCCAAAGUGCUGGGAUUACAGGCGUGAGCCACCGCACCCGGUCAGGCAACUCUUUUUUAAUCUCUCUGAGCCUCAGUUUCCUCAUCUUCUAAAUGGGGGUAAAGGCUCUGUGAGCACUGGAGGAAAUGAUACUGCAGUGGCCACUUUUAUAUGCCCAUCUCAGAUUGAUUGUUAGAUUAUCUUUAAACCAUAUUCCUGCAGGUGGAUUGCUGGGUCUGAGAACAGGCACACUCAGAACUGUAAUAGCUGCUGUCAAAUCUGCACUACGAACACCAUAGGGAGAGUUGUUUUGCUCCACUCUUGAAAGCUCCUUCCAUAUCCCGAUGGGAUUCCACUCCAGCUACAGAAAGCAGCCCUGGGAUACCUCACCCCACCACCUUCUCUGCCAGAGCCCUGUUCCUGUAUGUGCAUAUGAGCAAACAGCAUGGAUGUGCCUCAGUUGGUGAAUGGCUUUUGUUUCUUGGAGUUUGUUUUUUUAAGAUGGGGUCUCACACUGUUGCCCAGGCUUGGAGUGCAGUGGUACGUUCAUACCUCACUGUAACCUUGAACUUCUGGGUUCAAGGGGUCCUCUUGCCUCAGCCUCCUGAGCAGCUGGGGCUACAGGUGUGCACCACCACACAGGGCUAAUGUUUAAAUUUUUUAUACAGAUGGAGUCUCACUGUGUUGCCCAGGCAAGUCUCGAACUCCUGGGCUCAAGCAAUCUGCCUGUCUUGGCCUCCCCAAAAUGCUGGGUGGCGCACGCCACUGUGCCCGGCUGGGGAAUGGUUUAUGGGGGAAUAGUGGUGCUGCAGACUCUGAUACAGCCCUAGCUGCCCUCUUUUGUCUCCUUAGGGAGCUCUUCUUCACCCUGCUCCGUAAGCACAGGCUCCCUGUCCUUCCUCACCCUUCCCUUGGUGACUCUAGUUACUCCUAUGGCCUCAAUUCCCACUUCGGUGCCCAGCUCCCCGCCUACCUCUUUCCCUCCCCCAAGACUCCCCUCUUUGCUCCUACUGCUCUUCAGGCAUUCUAUGAUCAUCCCAAACAUCCCUCAGACUCAGUGUGUUCUAAACAGAACCAGACACCACCUGCUUCACCCAGCAUUCAACCUGGCCCUUUCUCAGCCUCCCAGACUCAGGGACUAGCUCUACCUCCAGCCAGCCAGUCACCCAACAGCAACUCUUCCCUCCUCUCCUCCAUACCCUGCUGCCAAUAGAAUGCUACCUUUGCAUGGUCUACAGACAGCUCUGGUACUUCCCCAGCCUUCUUGUUCCAGGUCACACCUGCACAGCUGUAACAACUACUAUGGAGGUCGGCCUGCUCCUCCCUCUCCUUCCCCAUCCCUACAGUUCAUUUCUUACCCAGUAGCCCAGUGGGAAUCCCAUCUGCUCCCUCCUCUGCUGAAGACCCUCCUGUGGGUCUGUCCCUACAGCCCACAGGAUCUAGGUGAGACUCAGUAGCAUGCUUCCUGAAAGCCCUGCAUGUCCCUCUUUUUUUUUUUUUUUUGAGAUGGAGUCUCGCUCUGUUGCCCAGGCUGGAGUGCAGUGGCGCGAUCUCUGCUCACUGCAAACUCUGCCUCCCAGGUUCAAGCGAUUAUCCUGCCUCAGCCCCCCGAGUAGCUGGUAUUACAUGCGCCUGCCAUCACGCCCGGCUAAUUUCUGUAUUUUUAGUACAGACGGGGUUUCACCAUGUUGGCCAGGCUGGUCUCGGACCCCUAACCUCAGGUGAUCUGCCCGCCUUGGCCUCCCAAAGUGCUGGGAUUACAGGCAUGAGCCACUGCGCCAGGCCUCUGCAUGUCCCUCUUAACCCUGCCCUAGUUUCUGGCUGUCUCUGUAGUCUCUCCCCUGCCCACCCAGCCUAUUACACGCAAACAUACCAAACACUCCAGCCAGGUGGAAAGUUUGUUUCUCAAUUGCCCUGGGCCUUUGCAUGUGCUUUUCUCUCUGUGUGGCUCAUUCUAGGGUAACAGGCAUAUUAGUUAACGCUAGCUGCUAUAACAGACAAACCUGAAGUUCUAAAAGGCUUAAUACAGUUCUUGUUUUCUUGAAAUCCAGUCAGUGUCUGGUGGGUGGAGAUGCAAAGACCUAGGCUCCUCCCAGCUCCGCCCAUGCCCAGAUCCUUGGAGACCACCCCGUUCAUCCAGUAAAUGGGAAAGGAGACCACAGAAAAGGUCCACCCACUUAACCUCAUCAGCUGGCAUUCUGUUCACAUAUCAUUGGCCAGGACCCAGUUAUGUGAGGACACUGAACUGCAAGGGCGCAUGGGAAAUAUAGUCUAGCUGUGCUGCCAUGGAGAAAAGGGGACUGUCUUUGGAAAUUGGAGACCACACAACAGCUUCUGCCACCAGAGGCCCCUACCCCAGGAAGCCUUCCUGAUACUGCUGUCUCCGCCCCAAGGCUGGAUCAGGUGUUUUCUUCGUGCUUCUGCAAGCCUCAAACAAUCUGUUGUCCAUCACACACCUCACAGCUGUGUGUUCCUGUGUCUCCCCAGUUAGGACUGUGAGCCCUGAGUUCUCUGCACCGGGUUAUCAUGAACUCUAGUCCUGGAGUGCAGGUGCCCAGUAAAUACCUGUGGGAUGGAUCAAUUUAAAACUAUCACGGGCUGGGCGCGGUGGCUCACGUCUGUAAUCCCAGCACUUUGGGAGGCUGAGGCAGGUGGAUCACUUGAGGUCAGGAGUUUGAGACCAGCCUGCCCAAGGUGGUGAAACACUGUCUCUACUAAAAAUACAAAAUUAGCCGGGUGUGGUGGCGGGUGCCUGUAAUCUCAGCUACUUGGAAGGCUGAGGCAGGAGAAUUGCUUGAACCCAGGGGGCGGAGGUUGCAGUGGGCCGAGAUUGCCCCAGUGCACUCCAGCAUGGGUGACAAGAGUGCAACUCUGUCUCAAAAAACAACAACAACAAAAAACAACCAAACAAAAAACUAUCGUGGCUGCAAGAUGUCCACAAUUUAUCGAUAGGUGGGAAAAAAGCAAGUUAACAAAAUAUGUCCCCAAAGAAGCACGUGCAUCUGGGCUCCAUGGCUCACACCUGUAAUCCCAGCACUUGGGGAGGCUGAGGCAGGAGGGCCACUUGAGCCCAGGAGUUCAAGACCAGCCUGGACAACAUAGCGAGACCCCAUCUCUACAGAAAAUCAAAAUACCAAAAUUAGCCAGGCGUGGUGGUGCAUACCUGUAGUCCCAGCUACCUGGGAGGCUGAGGUGGAAGGGUCUCUUGAGCCCAGGAGUUUGAGGCUGCAGUGAGUCAUGAUCACGCCACUGUACUCCAGCCUGGGUGACAGAGCAAGACCUUGUGUCAAAAAAACAAAAACAGUUUCCAUUCCAUCAUCUAUAUAAAUAUAUGGCCAGAAAUCCUGUGAUGGUGAUGACCUCUGGGGUUGGGGUUCUUUUAAUCAUCUUCUUUAUACUCUUCUGUAUUGUUUGAAUUUUUUUUUUUCAGUAUACUGCUUUUAUCAUUGAAAAAGUUUUUGCUGGGCACCUUGGUGCAUGCCUGUAAUCCCAGCUACUUGGGUGGCUGAGGCAGGAGAAUUGCUUGAACCCAAGGGGCAGAGGUUGCAGUGAGCCAAGAUCUUGCCACUGCACUCCAGCCUGAGCAACAGAGUGAGACCCUGUCUCAAAUAAAAUAAAAUAAAAUAAAAAUUUCCUGGGGGUGGGGGUAGAGAACCAGCCAAAGAUGUCAUCGGCUGGGCGCGGGGGCUUACGCCUGUAAUCCCAGCACUUUGGGAGGCUAAGGUGGGCAGAUCAUGAGGUCAGGAGAUCGAGACCAUCCUGGCUAACAUGGUGAAACCCCGUCUCUACUAAAAAUACAAAAAAUUAGCCGAGCAUGGUGGCGGGCGCCUGUAGUCCCAGCUACUCAGGAGGCUGAGGUAGGAGAAUAACAUGAACCUGGGAGGCGGAGUUUGCAGUGAGCCGAGAUGGCGCCACUGCACUUCAGCCUGGGCGACAGAGCGAGACUCUGUCUCAAGAAAAAAAAAAAGAUGUUAUCAUCAAUACUCUGGGAAGAGACCCCUCUGGCAGGGCUGGAAGCACAGGUCUACCAUCAGUGCUCCCUACUCUGGAAAUCUUUGCUUCCCUUGGCUAGUUGCUCACCUCCUCAGCCAUGAUCUCACUUCUUGUUCAAAAGCCUGCACUUCACUCUCACCUAGAUGAAGUUCUCACCCCUCUAUAAAAUGGAGGUGAUAACAAGAGCUCCCCAGAGAGGACUAUGAGGCUGCAUGAUGCAUGACAGGUCCCAAGUACAGAAGUGGACCGUGUUGGGUUCAGAGUCCACGCUAAUAAACUGCAGCCCCUGCGGUUUGAUGCCAGCUCCGCCCUGACUCACCCUCAGAAAGCUGUCUUCAUUCUAGCUCAGCUCAAAAGGCAGAAGGUCAAUGGGAUGUUAGGCUGGAUAAAACAACUCCAUGCCAUGUCCCAAACCUGGUUCCAGCACCUAGAGAGAAGGCGACUCUGGUCUGCCUUGUGGCAGUUUAAGCUCUGGUGUUUCGUGGGUGCUUGGGGGCUGCUCCCAGACUGGUGAGGCUUUGAGGGAAAGGGGGACUCAGAGCAAGUGAGGAUGCCUGCUGUUCCCUGGGAGAGGCUGACAGCUGCUUAGCCUAUGAAAGUGCUUAGUGUGGGAUGAAUGACUGUCACAAUAAUGAUCAUUAUUAAUUGAUGGUGGCACCUGGGUCCCUAAAUGGUGACACCUGCCUGGUCCAUGAUGGGGUUCUAGGCAGCAGUGCUGAAGGGAGGAUGGAGGAGGCAUUUCUGGGCACAAGGAGACCCUCUGCCCAUGGGCAAAGCUGAGACAACUGAUCUGAACCUAAGAUUCAAGUGUCUGAACUGAGUCCUAGGGUUCCUGGGGCUUAGGGCCAGGGCACCUAGAACUGCCUCUUCCUGCCAAGGCCUUGGGGAAGAUCUGCAUCUCCAAUCAGCCCAAAUCCUGCAGAGCUGGUCGAGUGUCUGGGUAUCACCAUCCCUCACCCAGGGAUAGAGGCAGGACACCCUCUCUGAUGAAAGAUUUAGAGCUCAGGAAGUGAAAUCUUGCCAGACCCAUCUUCUGAGCCCUGGUCAGAUGCUCUGCCUCCUGGAAGCCUUCCAGGCUGAGUUAGUUGUUCAUUCUUCUGGGUUCCCACAGAUUUUAGAUAAACCUUGGUCCCUGGUUGUGUCUCAGCAUCUUUAAGCCCUGGAGUUUGGCAAGUCUGCGUAUGUACUCCAGCUCUGUCUGCCCUCUACUAGCUGCGUGACCUUGGGCAGGUGACGUUACCUCUCUGAGCUUUGGUUUCUUUACCAGGAGGGUAGACUAACAGAGGUGCUUGAUGCAUCAGCUGUGAGACUUAAAUGAAAUGCAAUAGGUGGGGCAAUUAGCCCUCUGGCACCCCAGCCCACCUGCACCUCUCUGUGCCUCACUCAGCCUUAGAGCCUGUUCUGGGCUCUCUGCAGGCGUCUGCGGUUGCUGUGUCCUUGGCCCAAGGAUACCUGGAAUCUUUCUGUGCCCUUGGAUGAAAGAGCUGCUUGCUUGUUGGGGUCCAAAGAGAGGUGAGGACUGGCCAGGGCUGUCCAGUGGAGGCAGAAGGCCUGGGCAACACCUGCAGGGUACUGGGGUGUGCCACCUGCUAUCCCCAGGAAGCAAACUCAUGAAUAUUCACACCACUGGAGUGGGAGGGAGCCAGCCAGCUUGCUGCUGGGUGUCAUUGGAGCAUUCCUAUCUCCCAGUGACCGCAGAGGCAGCCUGGGAGUUGGACGUGGCUCAGGCAGUGGGUGGAAAGGGGCAGCCAGCCACAGCCCGAGGUGAGUGUGUCUCUUUUGCUCCACGACAGGGGUUAUAGGGAAAGUAGGAUACCCUGAGACCUGCCUGGUGGUGAUGCUCUAAGCCAGAAGGUUUACCAUCCUGGGCUGAGUUUCCCUUUGUGCAUGAUGUGGGGGAAUAAGUCCUGUUUCUCCUUCAUUCCCUGGAGGGCAUCAGUUCAGCUAAACAGGAGGAUGGCUGGGCCUGGCCUGCUGCCAGCUGUCUGCACUGAUGCAGGCCAAUGUGAUGGGCAUAAUCUAGAAGGGCAGGAAUAGAUGGAGUGGGCUGGUGAUGGGGGGACCGUCCAUCCUGAGUGCCUGCGGUUGUCACUACUGUGGGUGGAGGAGGUGGGAGACCCAGGUUCUAGUCCCGUCUCUGCUGCUGCUGGGCUGUGUAACCCCGAAGGUAUCCUUGCCCUCUCUGAGGCUGAGCCUCCCUGCCUCUUUGUCUUCUGGCCCUGAGGCUAGGAGCCUCUGGCCACAUUGAGAUCAUCCCUGGACUUGGCUGCCUGCAAGCCUCCAUUGUGGGCCAGUGGGCACACACUUUGAUGGGGUUGUGGCUGGGACCCUGGGAAUGUAAUGAUGAUAAUGAUGAUAACAAUGAUGGCAGGCCCUGCUGAGUGACUGUCUGCUCUGCAUCAGCCUCGGGCUGGGUGCUUUCCCUGUGGAAUGCAGAGGGUCUGCACAGCACCCUGUGAUGGAGGGUCAGCUGGUACAGGUUGAGUAUCCCUUAUCCGAAAUGCUUGGGACCAGAAGUGUUUCGGAUUUCAGAUUUUUCAGAUUUUGAAAUAUAUGCAUAUAUGUAAUGAGAUAUCUUGGAGAUGGAACCCAAGUCUAAACAUUUAUGUUUAGAAAGAAUUUAUGUUUCUUUCUUUCUUGUUGAUUUUAUUGUUUAAGCUUUUUUUUUUUUUGAGACGGAGUCUCGCUCUGUCGCCCAGGCUGGAGUGCAGUGGAGUGAUCUCGGCUCGCUGCAAGCUCCGCCUCCUGGGUUCACGCCGUUCUCCUGCCUCAGCCUCCUGAGUAGCUGGGACUACAGGUGCCUGCCACCAAGCCUGGCUAAUUUUUUUUGUAUUUUUAGUAGAGAUGGGGUUUCACUGUGUUAGCCAGGAUGGUCUCGAUCUCCUGACCUCAUGAUCCACUCACCUCGGCCUCCCAAAGAGCUGGGAUUACAGGCAUGAACCACUGUGCCCGGCCUAAUUUUAAUUUUUUUGAGAUAGGGUCUUGCUCUGUAGCCCAGGCUGGAGUUUAGUGGCACGAUCAUGGCUCACUGCAGCCUCGACCUCCCGGGUUCAGGUGAUCCUUCCGCCUCAGCCUCCCCAGUAGCUGGGACUGCAGGCAUGCACCACCAUGCCUGGCUAAUUUUUGUAUUUUUUGUAGAGAUGAGGUCUUGCCAUGUUGGUCAGGCUGGCCUCAAACUCCUGAGCUCAAGUGAUCCUCCUGUGUCUGUCUUUCAAAGUGCUGGAAUUACAGGCAUGAGCCACCACACCCCAUCUUCAUGUAUGUUUUUUAUACACAUAGCCUCAAGGUAGUUUUAUUUUUCCCUUCAGGACGCUAAAUAAACCUGCGCUUUGACUGAGACCUGUCACGUGAGGUCAGGUAUGGAAUUUUCCAUUUGUGGUGUCAUGUAGGCAUUCAAAAAGUUUUGGAUUUAGGGACAUUUCAGAUUUCAAUUUUUAUUUUUAUUAUUUUUUUAUCCAUUUAUUUAUUUUUGAGAAAGAGUCUCGAUCUGUCACCCAGGCUGGAGUGCAAUGGCGCAGUCUCAGCUCACUGAAACCUCUGUCUCCCAGGUUCAAGCAAUUCUCCUGCCUCAGCCUCCCAAGUAGCUGGGAUUACAGGUGCGCACCACCAUACCCGGCUAAUUUUUUGUAUCUUUAGUAGAGACGGUGUUUCAGCAGGUUGGCCAGGCUGGUCUUGAACUCCUGACCUCGUGAUCUGCCUGUCUCGGCCUCCCAAAGUGCUGGGAUUACACUGGGCCCGGCCCAUGGGAGAUUUUACAUGCAUGUGCCUCACAUGUAUUACUUUCGUCUGUAGGUCUCCUACACAGGAUCUCUCCUGUGUCUCAGUGAGGUGUUGUCUGCCUGGACCAUGUCCUCAUCCACAUUCUCUGCACGGGCUCUAUAGCCCUGGACACCUUCUGCCCUGAGGGUCAUGGGAAGUCAUUCAUCACACAUUCACCAGGUGCCAGGCUCGGGGAGCUCAGGGAUGAGUCACCAGUAGGCUUGCCUGCAGCGGGGCAUGGAAGGGACCUCACCUCUGGCACGCCGGUGAACCAAGGCUGGGUCAGAGUCAAUGGUAUGAUAAUAAUUAAUAUGAGUUGAUCUCCUGGGUACGUACAUUAUCUCAGUCUCACAGCCUUAGGGCAUGGCAUGGUGGCUUACGCCCAGCACUUUGGGAGGUGGAGGUGGGAGGAUCACUUGAGGCCAGAAACUCAAGAUCAGCCUGCAACAUAGUGAGAGCCCCCAUCUCUACAAAAAAUUAAAAACUUAGCUGGGCAUGGGUGGUAUGCACUUGAGUGGCCGAGGCGGGAAAUUCACUUGAGGCCAGGUGUUCGAGACCAGCCUGGGCAGUAGAGUGAGACCCCCAUCUCUACAAAAUUUUUUUUAAAAAGUAGCCAGGCAUGGUGGUGCAUGCCUGUAGUCCUAGCUACUCAGGAGGCCGAGGCAAGAAGAUCCACUGAGCCCAGGAUUUCAAGGCUGCAAUGAGCUAUGAUCGUGCCACUUCACUUCAGCCUGGGUGAUGGAGCAAGAUCCUGUCUUUUUAAAAAAAUUAUCUCAUAGCCUAGUGACUGUUCUCCCUCAAGCCAGGCUCCUGGCUGCCAGCUAGCUCCUCUCCCGACCUCAGUCUGCCCAGGGGCUCUGCCUGUGAUUACAGAGCGCUCUGUGUGCCUUGAUCUUGCUGUUGUGUGUCCAUUGCACACACGAGGAGACUGAGGCUUAGGGAGGGUGAGGUUCAUAGCUUCAUGCCUAAGUUUACAGUAGCCAGGCAGGAAGGGCACAACCAGCCUUGGACCCCUCAGGUGGCUGGCACGGGAGGGACGGACACCAGGGCCCCCUCUGCUUUCCCUCCCCUUAUCCUGGCCGCAGGCUCAGCCCACAGAGACGGGACCCUGCUGUGCUCCCAGGAUAGAGCUUCCUGUCCAACCCCACAUCCCCCACUUCCUGCAAUGCAACUUUCCCUCCUUCCUUCCCCUGGGCUUGGGACAGGGCUUAGGACACACCAGGCAGGGGCUGCCAUGGACAAAGCAGGAAGCAGCACAUUGGAGUUCCAUAGACCUGGGCUCUAAUUCCAGCCCUGCCCCCGCUUUGCUGAAUGACCCUGGACAAGUUAUGUCACCUCCUGGAACCUCACCUUUCCCAUCUACCAAAUGGGCUUGACAGCAGGGUGGGGGGUGGAGUGGUAUCCACUAAGUGGUUGCUGAGUAGGGUCAGUUAGAUGCUCUGGAGAGGCAGGCCCCUGCUUUGGGCCUGGCUCCUAACAGGGGCUCAAAAGUAAAACUAGGAGGGAUGGCCCAAGGUUCAGUGGCUGGCAGCACCCAGCACGUGUGGCAGGGGCCUGGCAAGCUUUGAGAAAUAGCAAAUGGGGGCCAGGCUCAGUGGCUCACGCCUGUAAUCCCAACACUUUGGAAGGCCAAGGCGGGUGGAUUGCUUGAAGUCAGGAGUUUGAGACCAGCCUGGCCAACAUGGUGAAACCCCGGCUCUACUAAAAUGCAAAAAUUACUUGAGUGUGGUGGUGGGCACCUGUAGUCCCAGCUACUCGAGAGGCUGAGGCAGGAGAAUCACUUGAACCCAGGAGGUGGAGGCUGUAGUGAGCCGAGAUCGCACCACUGCACUCCAGCCUGGGCAACAUAGGGAGACACCGUCUCAAAAAUAAACAAAAGAGCAAAUGGGAGAAUGAAACCAGUGAGUGAAUGAGUGAAUGAGUGUACCAGUAAUGGGGUUGGGGGGGUGCGGGUGGAGGAACUGUCCUGGGCGGGGCCAGGUGGAGCCUGAUUGGCGGGGCAGGGAGGCUGGUCUGCCCCCUGCUGCUGGGCCUGAACCUCAGCGCCUCCACUAUUGCAGCCUCCCUGAUUCCAGAAGGUACCUUGGGUCUCACUGUGUCAUCCAGAGCUGGAGUGCAGCGGCACAGUCAUGGCUCACUGGAACUCAGGCUCAAGCAAUCCUCCCGCCUCAGCCUUCCAAGUAACUAGGACUACAGGCAUGUGCCACCACGCCUGGUGUCUGAGAUGCUGCCACCGCAGAAGAAGCCCUGGGAGUCCAUGGCUAAGGGGCUGGUGCUGGGCGCGCUCUUCACCAGUUUCCUGCUGCUGGUGUACUCCUAUGCCGUGCCCCCGCUGCAUGCCGGCCUGGCCUCCACGACCCCGGAGGCCGCAGCGUCCUGCUCUCCACCUGUGCUGGAGCCAGAGGCAGUGAUCCGGGCCAACGGCUCGGCGGGGGAGUGCCAGCCGCGGCGCAACAUCGUGUUCUUGAAGACGCACAAGACGGCCAGCAGCACCCUGCUCAACAUCCUGUUCCGCUUCGGCCAGAAGCACCGGCUCAAGUUCGCCUUCCCUAACGGCCGCAAUGACUUCGACUACCCGACCUUCUUCGCCCGCAGCCUGGUGCAGGACUAUCGGCCCGGGGCCUGCUUCAACAUCAUCUGCAACCACAUGCGCUUCCACUACGACGAGGUGCGCGGCCUGGUGCCGACCAACGCCAUCUUCAUCACGGUGCUCCGCGACCCCGCCCGCUUGUUCGAGUCCUCCUUCCACUACUUCGGGCCGGUGGUGCCCCUCACGUGGAAGCUCUCGGCCGGCGACAAGCUGGCCGAGUUCCUGCAAGACCCGGAUCGCUACUACGACCCCAACGGCUUCAAUGCCCACUACCUCCGAAACCUGCUCUUCUUCGACCUGGGCUAUGACAACAGCCUGGACCCCAGCAGCCCGCAGGUGCAGGAGCACAUCCUGGAGGUGGAGCGUCGCUUCCACCUGGUGCUCCUUCAAGAGUACUUCGACGAGUCGCUGGUGCUGCUGAAGGACCUGCUGUGCUGGGAGCUGGAGGACGUGCUCUACUUCAAGCUCAACGCCCGCCGCGACUCGCCCGUGCCGCGGCUCUCGGGGGAGCUGUAUGGGCGCGCCACCGCCUGGAACAUGCUGGACUCCCACCUCUACCGCCACUUCAACGCCAGCUUCUGGCGCAAGGUGGAGGCCUUCGGGCGGGAGCGCAUGGCCCGCGAAGUGGCCGCCCUGCGCCAUGCCAACGAGCGCAUGCGGACCAUCUGCAUCGACGGGGGCCACGCCGUGGACGCCGCCGCCAUCCAGGACGAGGCCAUGCAGCCCUGGCAGCCGCUGGGCACCAAGUCCAUCCUGGGCUACAACCUCAAGAAGAGCAUCGGGCAGCGGCACGCGCAGCUCUGCCGGCGCAUGCUCACGCCCGAGAUCCAGUACCUGAUGGACCUCGGCGCCAACCUGUGGGUCACCAAGCUCUGGAAGUUCAUUCGCGAUUUCCUGCGGUGGUGACGUCCCACCGCCCAGCGGCUUGCCUGCCUGCUCGCUCCCUGCAGAGGGGCUGAGCAGGACGCCGCUGGUGCUGGCCGCCCCCAGCCCCCUCCUGGUGCCACCUCAGACCCCGGGGUGAGGGGGGGCUCCCUGGGGGGACACAGCCAGCCAAGACUGGGCCCAUGCACACAGAGAGGGCCUAACCGAGAUCAGUAUUUAACUAAUUAUACCAGUUUUUAUUAAACCCCUUUCCCUCCCCGAUAAAGAAUGUUCUAUUUCUGCCUCCUCUUAAAGGGGAGACCUCAGAAGUAAAGGAAUUUGAUGUUGUGUUUUUGUUAA